UUCUAAAUUUAUAAGACGCAAGAAUGAAACUGGACUUCCACUGUCCUGUGAUUUCAGUCUCAGAAAACCCCAAACCAGUGGGAGAAAUAUAGAAAAAUGGGAUUCAGAUUUCACAGCUUCAAUUCUAUUUGCAAAUCUUACCUUCUAUCAAGACUCUCUGCUUGUAAUUCUCUCUACCCCAGUCACAAAAUUCACUCCCAAUUUUGCUCUUUCCCUCAACUUGUCUCUGAUUAUCCCACUCGCAAAGUUUCCAGGCGGUGGCAUUUCGGUGAUUCUCACCAUCAUCAUCAUCAUCAUCAUCACUCUGACCUCUCCGGCACGCACGGAGAGAGUAUUUUUCGGCUAGGCCUCGCCGCCGAUAUCGGACUUGCCGCUGGAAAAACUGUGACCGGUUAUUUGUCUGGAAGCACUGCGAUCAUCGCUGACGCUGCUCAUUCUGUAUCUGAUGUGGUUCUAAGUGGCAUUGCUUUAUGGUCUUUCAAAGCUGCACAGGCUCCUAAAGACAAAGAACAUCCAUAUGGACAUGGUAAAUUUGAAACUCUCGGAGCUCUUGGAAUUUCUUUUAUGCUUCUGGCAACUGCUGGUGGUAUUGCAUGGCAUGCUUUAGAUCUUUUGCUUGGGUUACUGUCUACAGCUCCUGAAGUUGUCAACCAAUCAUUUAUUCAUGAGCACACUCAUGACAAUCGUCAUGAUGAUGGACAUCACCAUGGAAUUGAUAUGGAUCACCCGAUCCUGGCUCUGAGUAUGACUAUUGCAUCGAUAUCUAUUAAAGAAGGGCUUUAUUGGAUAACAAAAAGAGCUGGGGAGAGACAAGGCAGUGGGCUGAUGAAAGCAAAUGCUUGGCAUCAUCGUGCAGAUGCAAUUUCCUCUAUAGUUGCUCUGAUAGGUGUUGGAGGCUCAAUCCUUGGAGUUAAGUUUCUGGAUCCUCUUGCGGGGCUUGUUGUCUCAGGAAUGAUUUUUAAAGCUGGACUAGAAACUGGAUACCAGAGCAUCUUGGAACUGGUGGAUGCUGCUAUCCCGGCACAACAGUUGGAUCCUAUAAGACAAACAAUAUCAGAGGUUGAAGGAGUUAAGGGAUGCCAUAGGUUGAGGGGAAGAAGAGCUGGUUCAUCACUCUACCUUGAUGUGCAUAUUGUAGUUGAUCCCUUUUCUAGUGUUAGUGCUGCACAUGGUGUAGGUGAAAAUGUUCGUCAUCAAAUUCAUAUGUCUCAUCCAGAAGUUUCUGAAGUUUUCAUACAUAUAGAUCCAGCAUAUAUCCAGCUUUCUUCGAGUGCAACAGAUCAACAAGAAUGCUCGACUCGAAUCACUAACCGGGGCAGGAAUAUCUGUGAAGAGGCCAAAGAUGUUGAAGAUAUGGUCUCUAAUAUUCUCUCAUCAGAAUUCCGAGAGAAAAUGGUAGUGGAACGCAUAACCCCCCACUUGUUGCAAUCCAAGAUUUUCCUAGAAAUAGAAGUUUCCAUGCCACCGGAUCUCACAAUUAGGGAAGCAAAAGAAUUGGCAGAAGAAGCAGAAAGGGAAGUUUUGAAGGAAGCCAGGAACAUUGCUCAGGCAAGCAUUCAGCUUAGGUUGGGACCUCCACUCCCACCAUGUCAACACCAUUAACACUAAAUUGAUGAAGCUGGACUUUCACCUUGUUUGCCAUUUGUUAUUAGUUCUGUAGUUUUAAAUAAUGGGGCAGAAUACCCAAAUGAGGAGCAGCCUGCCCUAGUUUUGAUGGUGCCACUAUUAUUGGAAAUAAUAUUAACAUGUUAUAGUUUUAAUAAAUUAUACACCUAAUUUUUCAAGCAUA